ACGGUUGAGUGUUUGGAUGAUCCAGUAUCCUGGAGAAGCACUUAUCCCAGAAAAGUGAUCAAAGUCGACUUUUCUAAGCCAUCGUUGACGCUGAGAAGUUUGUACAAUGUCCGGGUGUCAGGAUCGUUCAGUUUUUCCUGAGGAGGUCCAGCAGCUGUCAAUGAUCAAAGAAGAGGAUUCCCCUGAGCAGGAGGAGAGGAGCUCCCAUCUAAACCAGAAGAUUUGUGAGCCUCUGCACAUUAAAGAGGAACAGGAGGAACUGUGGAGCAGUCAAGAGGAAGAGGAUCUUCAAGGGUCAGAAGCGGAGGAUAUAAAGUUCAGUUUUGUUCCUGUCUCUGUGAAGAGUGAAGAUGAUGAAGAGAAACCUCAGUCCUCACAGCCUCAUCAAAGACAACCUGAACAGAUUGAAACAGGAGCUGCUGGAGAGGACUGUAGACCAGAGACACAGGUAGACAGGUACAUUGACCCAGACAGAGAUUUACAUCUAGAGACUGAGGUCAAGACUGAAGACUCUUCUGAUCCUGAGACUGAUGACAGUGCUGAUUGGCGGGAGACAACAGAACACCAGUCAGGUUUAAACUCAGCAGAAAACAUCUCAGAGGGAGCAAAGACGGAAAAGAAAUCACAUAGCUGCUCCAAAUGUGGUAAAAAAUGUAAAAACAAAUGUCACCUUACACAUCAUAUGAGAAAUCAUAAUCGAAAGAAACUCUUAAGAUGCUCCAAGUGUGGAAAAGAGUUUCAAUCUGAACGAUGGCUGAAGAAACAUAUGGUAUCCCAUACCAAAAAAAAAACAUAUACUUGCUCUGAGUGUGGUGAAAGAUUUGAUAAGAAAUCGAGUAAGAUCAAACACAUGAGAAUUCACACUGGAGAAAAAACAUUUAGUUGCUCUGUGUGUGGCCAACAUUUUAUUAUAAAAUCUAAUAUGACCAGACACAUGAGAAGUCACACAGGGGAAAAACCCUUUGGCUGCUCUGUGUGUGGCAAAAGAUUUACUCGAGGAGAUUCUCUGACCAAACAUAUGUUAUUUCACUCGAAUGGAAAAACAUUCCAAGAAAGACACAUGAAUGAGAAACACUUGUGCUGCUCUGUGUGUGGUGAAAUAAUUAGAUUAUGGACCAAUCGGGAACUUAGUAUGGCCCAUUACACAGGAGAGAAACCCUUCUGCUGCUCUUUUUGUGUUGAGAGAGUUCAGCCUCAUCCAACACUUGAGAGCAAAUCAUAGAGAUGAUAAAUCCUUUGACAAUCAAGUUUCAGAGCAUCUUCAGAACCAGCUGAAGAGAAAAGAGAGGAUGAAAAAAGGACCUGGUGGAGACCACAGUGGGGGAUCAGAGGCAGCUGGAAACUCAGAUCCAGAGAGACACUCACAGCCAGAGACUGAGGUCAAGCUUGAAUAAUACUCUGUGACGCUAAUACUCUGAACCUCAGACUGAUGACACUUGUUAUUGGAAGGAGACUAGAGAACAUCAAUAUUGUUCACCCUCUGAAAAAUUGUGAAUUUUUUUUGUGUGUCAUGAAAUGCGACACUGUUGAGAAACCAAUGUUUGUAAAGUUGCCUCUGUUGAUCCAUUAUUGCUGCUGUCAACCCCCUUUUAAACCCUUUGUGCCCAUUUUAAACACAGUUAACCCAUUUUUGCCAGUUUAUAUUAAUUUUUUUAUCCCAUUCCACCUCAUUUCCACCAAAUUCUUUGCACUUUAAAGCCAUUUCAGCCACUUUUACCAUUUUUUUGUGCCAAUUUUUUGCCAUUUUAAACCUUUUUUGGGAUUUUCUUUGCCACUUUUUUCCUAA